ACCCCCAGCCCCCAGAAUGUUCUUCCUGCUGACAGCAUUCCAGAUCGUGGCUCUAGCCAUGGCACAGAGCCAAAGGGAUGAGAACAAGAUAAUUGGUGGUUACACAUGCGUCCAGAACUCCCAGCCAUGGCAGGCAGCCCUACUGGCAGGUCCCUUUCGUCGUUUCCUCUGUGGAGGGGCCCUGCUGUCAGGCAAGUGGGCCAUCACUGCUGCUCACUGUGCACGCCCGAUACUUCAUGUAGCCCUGGGCAAGCAUAACCUGAAGAACUGGGAGGCCACCCAGCAGGUGCUACGUGUGGUUCGUCAGGUGCCACACCCCCAGUACAACUCCCGGACUCACAAUAACGACCUGAUGCUGCUGCAGCUGGAGCGGCCCGUUCGGCUGGGGAGGGCAGUGAGGCCCAUCACCAUAGCCAGCUCCUGUGCAAGCCCAGGAACCCCCUGCCAUGUGUCGGGCUGGGGCACCACAUCUAGCCCCAUUGUCAGUUACCCCAACUCCCUGCAGUGUGUGAACAUCAACAUCUCCUCGGAUCAGGAGUGUCGGCGGGCUUAUUCCCAAGCCAUCACUGCUGGCAUGGUCUGUGCAGGUGUCCCCCAAGGUGGGAAGGACUCCUGUCAGGGUGACUCGGGGGGACCACUGGUGUGCAAAGGACAGCUCCAGGGCCUUGUGUCCUGGGGGAUGGAACGUUGCGCCCUUCCCGGCUAUCCUGGAGUCUAUACCAACCUGUGCAAGUACCAAACUUGGAUCCGGAAAACCAUACGGGGCAAAUGAUUGCUGGUGUAACUGAACACCAGCCCAUCUGCUUCCCCAGAUAUUGCUCUCUCCACACCAAACCCCGGGGUCCCAGCCCCCAGCCCCUCCUCCCUCA